CGUUAGCAUCGACCGAGUCACUGUCUAUCAUCAGAGCACAUCAUCGCUGUCUCCUGAUCUCAACGUCUCCUGAUCUCAACAUGCACUUCUCUAAGGCAUCCAUUGCCAUCGCGCUCCAGCUGGGCCUGGGCUACGCCGGCCUCACGUCCGCCGCCGGAUGUGGUGAAUUCGAUGCCUGCAUCGGGACCGAGCACUGCGUGACCAAGACGUUCACCACGCCCGUCUCAACCGUCGUUGCCACCUGCGUGCCUACCCCGACCUGUAUCGGCGUUUAUGGCGACUGCACCUCGGGCACCAGCCCGAUCUGUUGUUCGGGAUACUGUGCGGCCAGCAAAUGCCGGAGCACGGAUAGUGACUGGCCCAACUGCUCAGAGGAUCUGGGACCAUGUAUCGCGGACGAGAAUUGCUGCUAUGGAAAUAAGUGCGUUGAAGGGCUUUGUGUACGUGGUUAAAUGGGUAGCUGUGUUGUUGCGCUGCCAUGGUUUUCCUAUAGGGGUUGCUCGUCUCAGUAGUUGUUGCCAAUC